AUGACUCUUAAGCUCAAAGGUGAAAGGACUCUGGCUUUGGCAGAGAAGGAGCCCCUAGAGAGAAUAGGGCUGUUGCUCCUACAAUACCGCCUGCAGGACUAUGUUGGAAAAGAAGAGGUUUUCCCUGAGCAGCAGUUCUCUAAGCAGGAGAGGAAUUCCAGUUUGGACCAAGCAGAACAAGAAUCUCUGCAGAUAAAAGAAGAGCAGCAAAAGCCAGAACAUCCCUGGAUAAAAGAGGAAACCAUGGAGCUCAACAUAAGUGAGCACGAAGAGCAGCUUAUUUUAAAGCAAGAGACGGAAGAUACAGGAGAGAAACCUUUCCCAUGUUCGAGAUGUGGAGAAAGGUUUCUAAAAAAUGAAAAUUUAUUGGUUCACAUGAGAACUAACACAUGUCAGAAGAUUUACAAAUGUCUGUCCUGUGGAAAAAGCUUCACUCAUAAAUCAAAUCUUUAUAGACAUGCCAAAACUCACACAGGUGAGAAGCCUUUCAAAUGUGAGACCUGUGGAAAAAGCUUUUUUCGGUCUUCUGAUCUUAAUAAACACACCACAACUCACACAGGUGAGAAGCCGUUCAAAUGUGUCUUUUGCGGAAAAGGCUUUUCUCAGACAUCUGAUCUGUAUAAACACACCAGAAUUCACACAGGUGAGAAGCCAUUCUCCUGUAGUAUUUGUGGCAAAAGUUUUAUUAGAAAAAAUAGCUUGACAUCCCACAUGAGAACUCACACGGGUGAGACGCCUUUCAAAUGUGAGUACUGUGGAAAAGGCUUUACUGAAAAAGGUGCUCUUCAUAAACACAUCAGAAUUCACACAGGUGAGAAGCCGUUCUCCUGUACUCUUUGUGGCAAAAGUUUUAUAAGAAAAAAUAGCUUGACAUCCCACAUGAGAAUUCACACGGGUGAGACGCCAUUCAAAUGUGUGUCCUGUGGAAAAAGCUUUACCGAAAAAGGCACUCUUAAUAAACACAUGAGAAUUCACGCAAGUGCAAAGCUCUAUAAAUGUGACUUCUGUGGAAAAGGCUUUUCUCAUAGAUUUGUUCUAUGUAACCACACCAGAAUUCACACAGGUGAGAAGCCGUUCUCCUGUACCGUUUGUGGCAAAGGUUUUAUUAGAAAAAGUAGCUUGACUUCUCACAUGAUAAUUCACACAGGUGAGACACCUUUCAAAUGUGUGUCCUGUGGAAAAAGCUUUACUGAAAAAGGCUCUCUUGACAAACACAUCAGAAUUCACACAGGUGAGAAGCCGUUCUCCUGUCCUCUUUGUGGUAAAAGUUAUAGUCAACAUGGUAGUUUGAGUUAUCACAUGUCAACUCAUGUGUGAAAUGAUUGCCAUCCAUGAAACAGAUCUUAAAAAGAAAGAUAUUUAUUGGUUUACACAAGAAGUUACAUCAGUUGAUGCUACAGAAAUGAAAAGGAGACUUUUUCCUUGUUUUACCUGUGAUAAAAUGUCCAUCUAGAAACUCAUUACAACGGUUUCUUUUUUUAUUCAGUAGAUGAUUUAACACUAAGACUCCAAGAAUUGUAAUCGUACUAGAACUGCCACUGGCCGUCAAUUUGACGGGUGACAUUUUUCCCAAUGAAACGCAUGAGUAGUGAUGAUGUCAUCAACUGAAAUGGUUCUAGUUGUGAUAUAAACCCAUUGUGGAUAUGUAAACCUUAA